AUGUCUAACAUCCACGCCUUGUCCUCCGCCGUCUACGGGAAAGGAGACAAGCUGUUUCACGCCAAAUCUGGACCGUUGAAUUUCCACUCGUCGCUGGUUUCUCGUGGUGCACAACUUGCUGUGGAUUACGAUGACGACGCGCAACACGAUGAAGGUGACGAAGGACUGGAGAUCGCAAAGAUUGGAAUUUCUAAGGAGAUCGUGAACGCUCUUGCAAAGAAAGGUAUCACGAAGCUCUUCCCCAUUCAGAAAGCUGUGCUGGAACCUGCUAUGCAAAGGAGGACAUAUCAUAACAACACUGUAUAA